AUGAGCCACAAUCAUGGAGGAAGCGGUGGCGGAGGAGGAAUGGCGAUGGGAACGGCCCUAUUCCAAGAGACGAACAUACACCUGGCCCAGUCGUUUUGGUACAUAAUCGCCGGCGUCGUCGGAUUCCUAGGGAUUAUCCGCGGCGUCAACUACCUCGAAGGCCGGAGGAGACUGAAGAGAUGCCGAUCAGAAUCGGUCCAAUUCCCAACGCGACCGUCGAAUCGCAUAACGCAGAUAUGGGCAACCGCGACGGCACUCGUGCGCGAGGCGGGCCAUCCGCAAUUAUACAUCCCCUUCAAGGGCCUCCGCUGGGCCACCCCGCCGCCCCUCGGCCGCGUCCUCGUCCUGCUGGCGUACUGGGCCGUCAUCAUCUACAUGAUGGCUAGCGAUGCCGUCAUCAAAGACGCGUACUUCUGGGAGCGCAUCGGAUUUCGCAACGCCUGGGUCACCCUGAUGCAGAUGCCCCUCGUCUACCUCCUUGCAAUGAAGGUCAACGUCGUGGGGUUCAUCACGGGGACGUCGCAUGAGCGUCUGAACUGGCUGCAUCGCUGGGUGGCGAGGACGAUGUUCGUCACGGCGACGGUUCACGGGUUCCAUUUCUGGACGGAGUGGGUCAGGGCCGAUUUCGUCGAGACGCAGCUGAAGAUCAUGCCGGUUACCAAGUAUGGACUUGGGGCCUGGGGUAUUCUUAUCUGGACUUUCGUCAGCGGUCUGAAGCCCAUCCGCGGGAUGGCCUACGAGGUCUUCGUGCUGCAGCAUAUCCUCUCGGCCGUCUUGUUCAUCUGGCUGGUGUACGUCCACAUCCCGGUGUAUGCGCGGCAGUACCUAUGGUUCACCGUCGCGCUCAUCUGCUUCGACCGACUUGCCCGGUGGGCGCUGCUUGCGUGGCAGAAUACGAGGCUCCGUCCGAGCGGAUCGAGCUGCAAGGGAAUGAAGAGGCUCGGCCAUGAGGUACAGGUCAGAGCCGUGGGAUCCUCGACGACGGUCUUGACAAUCAAAGACGUCCACUUCUCCUGGAAGGCGGGGCAGCACCUGUACCUCUGGCUCCCGCGAGUCGGUCCUUUCGAAGCGCAUCCGUACACCAUCGCCUGCGCGCACCAAAUGCCAGAGACGUGCAUCUGCAACAGCAUCCAACUUGUCAUACGCACGCAUGGCGGUUUCUCACAGAGAUUGCAUGCGUUUGCACGGAAGAACGAGGAGUCGGGAAAGAAGGAUACGUUGACGGGAUUCGUGCUGGGGCCGUUUGGCGCGCCGCCUCGAUGGGAUAUCUACGAGACCAUGGUGCUGAUCUCGGCAUCGACGGGGGCUUCGUUCACCCUGCCCAUCCUGGAGAGCAUCGUGCAGAGCCGCAGAAAAAUGUGCACGACGAGGAUCGAGUUCAUACUGAUGGCGUGCCAGGGCGAGGAGAUUGAGUUCUACACGCAACGACUGCGCGAGUCGAUGGAUCGGGCGCAGCAGGUCGGCAUCGAGUUGCAGGUACACAUCGCCAUCACGAGAUCCGGCAAGGCGAAGGAGGGCGAGGUUUCGAUGGUGCUGUACGCAGACCACGAUGCAAGCUCUGGGUCGUCAGCGCAGCACCGAAGGAUUGCGUCUGAUGGCUCUGUCCACGGCGGGCGCUUUCAUGAGAAGGGAGUGCUGGACUUGGAGAAGGGCGACGAGGUGCCGUUGACGCCACGGGAGAGAAGCGGUUCGACGACGGGAAUGGUGAAGGAGUAUUAUAGCAGGCCGGACCUCAAGGAGCUGAUACGGGAACCGGUGGAGGCUGCUGGUGGAGAGACGUCGAUUGUAGUGUGUGGCGGGCAGUCUUUGACGAGCUCGGUGAGGAAUUGCGUUGCUGCGCUGUCUGAUGAGAGGGCUGUUCAUAAGGGUACAGGGGCGCAGGGUAUUCACCUAUUUGUUGAAGAGUAUUCUUUCUAA